CUUUAUUUGUCUCUUCUUCAAUACUAAUAGAUAUACGUUUGUUACCAUUUACAAACUAAUUUUUAGUAGAAUUGCAAAAUGAGAGCAAGAAACAUUUUUUAUUUUGCAGUUAAAUAAGAAAAUCUUAAUUAUACAAUUUUUCGGAACGCAUUGAGCUGUCGUCCGGACGGAACGUCUACACGCGUAUCUUUCCUCUAUCUUUCCUUUCAAUAAUCUAAAAAAUACGUGUUUUCUUUAAAGUUAACUUAGAUUAGUCGCUAUAACAAGUUCCGGUUUUUUGUUUUACUUCGCCCCUGAAACGAAAACAGUCCAGGAUGCCACCAAAAAAGGUUGAAGAGCCUGAAAAGAAGCCACUCAUUGGGCGUGUGGGAACCAAUCUCAAAGUGGGCAUUGUGGGGGUGCCCAAUGUGGGCAAGUCAACAUUCUUCAAUGUGCUGACCAAGAGCCAAGCAGCAGCUGAGAACUUCCCUUUCUGCACCAUCGAUCCUAAUGAAAGUAGGGUACCUGUGCCUGACGAGAGAUUCGAUUAUCUCUGCGAGUUCCAUAAACCUGCUAGCAAAGUCCCAGCAUUCUUGAAUGUGGUGGAUAUUGCCGGGCUGGUGCGAGGGGCUGCCGAAGGACAAGGGUUGGGCAACGCGUUCUUAUCCCACAUCAAGGCUUGCGAUGCUAUUUUCAAUUUAUGUCGUGCAUUCGACGACGAGGAUGUAAUCCACGUGGACGGAGACGUGAACCCGGUGAGGGAUCUGGAGACCAUCGGCGAGGAGUUGCGGCUGAAGGAUGAGGAGCAGCUCAUGCAGAACUUUGAGAAGCUCGACCGCGUCGUCAACCGCGGAGGCGAUAAGAAACUCAAGCCUGAAUAUGAUGCACUUACGAAGAUAAAGUCUAUUUUGGUUGACGAGAAAAAACACAUUAGAUUCGCAGACUGGAGCGCCGCUGAUAUAGAAGUCCUGAACAAAUACUUGUUUUUGACAUCCAAGCCCGCUCUUUACUUAGUGAACUUAUCCGAAAAAGAUUACAUUCGGAAGAAGAACAAAUGGUUACCCAAACUCAAAGAAUGGAUUGAUAAGAAUGAUCCCGGCGCUCCCCUAAUCCCAUUCUCUGGAGUUUUAGAAAGUAAACUAAUGGAAAUGGAUCCGGAGGAAAAAAAAGCGUACUUAAAAGAACACAACAUUACAAGCGCGUUAGAUAAAAUUAUCGUCCAAGGAUACAAAGCACUGCAGUUAGAAUACUUCUUCACUGCUGGUCCCGAUGAAGUGAAGGCCUGGACUAUUCAGAAAGGAACGAAAGCGCCGCAAGCCGCUGGCAGGAUCCACACUGACUUCGAGAAAGGCUUCAUCAUGGCUGAAGUGAUGCACUUCAAGGACUUCAGAGAGGAAGGCACCGAGGCCGCCUGCAAGGCCGCCGGCAAAUAUCGGCAACAAGGUCGCAACUACGUAGUAGAGGACGGCGACAUAAUCUUCUUCAAGUUCAACGCGGGCGCCGGUCUGAAAGACGCCAAGAAGAAAUGACGCGACAAGGUACUCCUGCUACUGGUACAUUUGCUGUACCUCAAUCUCGUUCUCUACUCACUGUUACACGUCGCUUGAAUGCCCCCACGCUCUGUUGCAAAUUAACAAAUAAAAAUCAGUUUACACUCGAAAUUCGAUCAAUAAUCACUUAUACUCGCGUUUAGGAUUGGCUGGAUAUACGGACUGUAUUCCAAAACGGUGCUCAAUAUUUACCUGUGAUUGGGUUUUACGCUUGAGUUUGACUCGAGCUACGUUUCUAAAUACUGAAUUAUCAAAAUACGAAUUGCUAUCUAAGUGGAAAGGACUAUCUGAGUAAGGUAUGAAACGUACUACUCUGCAGAUGUACUCAAAUACUAAAAGUCUUUAUAAAAUAAUGAUUUAUAUACCACACAUAAAGCUUUAAAUGCCGUUCCGCUGUCCAAAUAAUGAGGGACUAUAUUUUUAUACGCAUCAAGCUGUCUUGCAAUUUUAACAAUUUUAUUUGCAAUGAAGUGUGAGGGAUAUUCGACUACAUUAUUUAUAACUAAGACCUAAAGUUGGAAUAAAGCUUUGUUGAUGUUUAUACAGAGCAGUUUAUUUAUUUGUAAUUAGGCAUAACUGUACAAAGCCCAUUAUUUACAAUUAAAUUCAAUACCAUAGGUAUUUCGCAUUUAAAAUCUCUUUUUUUUAUACGCACGAUGACAUAAUACUUUAUUAAAUUAAUAAUGAGCAGUGUACAGGCAUUAUGUAUAUUUCACCUAUAACACAUAAGCUAAAUUAUGUAGGUACGUGUACAAUUUUUAUUACAAGUUGUAAUUUUAAAAUUAUUGCUAAAUAAGAUUUUAAUAAAAUGCAUUUGGAGGUAAAUAA